AGGAGCAAUUUCUUCUUGGUUCUUGACGAGUCGAGGAAAGAAACUGAGAACGGAGAAUUACUCAGUCGUCAGUCCUUCGUCGCGCCCAUAGCCGGAUCUGAACCCUAAUCGUUGUAAAGCUCCGGUAGGGUAGAAGAAGAGCUCCAGCAAUGGAGGAGUUGAGAUCAGCUCUCGACGACCACAUGAAUCAAAUGGCGGAUCUCGUUCAGAAGCUCUCUUCGGAGCUCCGCUCGAGCCUCCGACCAGCCUACGACAAUUUCAUGGGAUUCUUCCAUGCAAUCGAUUGGAAGGAACUGUGGUUAAUGGGCUUAUUGGCAUUCCAUUUUGUUUUACUCAUUAUAACCUUACUUUCGAGGAAGAAUACCAACUUCCAGAUGUGCCUGUUCCUGUUGUCGUGUAAGUUUUCUUUUAUAUGAUAUCUGCAAAAGGAAAUCCAUAUUUGAGCACUGAGAUCUCAGUCCAUGAUUUUCCAUUUUAUGCUUUUUAAUUUUUAAAGUUUGUCUCACUCUUAUUCUUGUAAGGCACCUACUUUACACCAAUUUGUUGUCUGCAAUUAUUUAUUUUACCGUACUAGGAAUUUCCAAUUGAUGAAAUCAUACUUCAUACCGCAAAGUUACCAGCAUCAAUCUUAUGGUGAAGCCUUCUAGUGGCUUAAACAAUCUUGGAGGACUGAGCAGGAUCUUAAAUCAUGCUAUGGACCUUCUGUCAUUUACUUCUGUAACAUUUAGUUAGGAUGCAACCAUUAGCAUCAAUGCAGUGUGAACUAAUGCAAUGUGAACUCCUAACGUUCUUUCAAAAUUUAUCUUACAUGUGUGAUAGUAUGUUUGUAGUGGCUGGUGUAUAUCUUGCUGAGAGGCUCAAUAAAGUCCUCAGCAACAAUUGGAAAAGAUUUGCAACUCAGAAUUACUUUGAUCCAAGUGGACUUUUUCUGUCAGUCCUCUGGUCUGGGCCUCUUCUUGUCAUUGCAAUCAUCAUCUUGGUAAACACCCUCUUUAACUUGUGUUACAUGAUUGUUAGAUGGAAAAGGGCUGAGCUCAGGCAUCGUGCAAGGCUUUCUCGUAACAAGCAGGAUUAACAUACCUUCCACUGCAUUUCUGUGCAGGACACUUUCUAGUUUAUAGCGUGUUCAUUAGGGCUUCAUCAUUUAUAUUUUUUUUAGUUCUUUUCAUAUUCUGAGAGUUGUUGCUUCCCUUCUAUACAGCCGCGGUAGAAGUUAGACCCACUACAGGCCGAGCUUUCUUCUUAUGUUCUUGUUGGUGUAAAUCUAAAUUAUCACAUCACUGGAGAUAUGCUCGAGCCUUGUGAAUCAUUUAAGUUUUGAAACAAUUAAUACACUGACAUUGGUUCUCUUUAUCAUUUUUGAAGAUAUGGAGUUAUGGACUGACUACCUGAAUAACUAAAUAGAUCAAAAAUGUUUCU